AUGGUCCAAAUCUCUGAAAAACGUGUUUGUAGAAACACAGUUGUUUUAGAUAGUGGCUCAAAUUCGGUUAUAACUGCAUUACCGCCGUGUAAUACAGUAUCAGCUACUAGCUCUCAAAAUGAUUUCAGUGCAGAUCUCACUCCUGUGAUACGGGUGAAAGAUGUUCUGUUAGAGAACUCUGAGUUCUGUAAACUAAACCUCCUUUUGAAAGAUAUGCAGAGGCAAGUAAGUGAAAUUCAGAAAAAAUUAGAUCACUUUGAUAGUAUGUCACUGCCAAUCUCAAAUACCACGGAGAGCUGUUCAGAUAUUGGCCAGGUUAAGUAUUUACUGGAUGUAACUCAAAAAAAGCUUUCGGAUUUAGACCCACUAGCCUGUCUGUUAAAACAAUAUCCUAAAAUAUCUCCAGACAACAUAAAUAAAGCUGAAAAUCUGAUUGUCUGCUUGGCUACGGAGGUGAUGAAGCGUAUAGCCCCUUCUCAACAAGCUAUAGUUUACAACGUCCCAGAUUCUCUGCCACUGAAGACUGUAAAACACAAAAUCCUGAUAUGUUGCGGCAUGACUAGUGUCAAUCACGUCUCAUAA